AUGGUAAAUUCUUACCUGCUGCUUGUGCAUUUGCUAACCAUGUCUGCUGUAUGCAACGCUCUCGCUGUCCCUGCUGGUGAAACGGAGACGACGCCGGACCUGACCUCUGCGGCGCCGGAUGACCGAGACAGCAAACGUGUGCUAUAUGGACUCGGCGACUCGAAUGAACACGCGCCAGAAGAGAGGAUGGCGCUAGGAGGGUGGGAAGAAGCUGGGGCGUCAACGGGCAAAGUGGUGGAAGAGGCCCUCGAUAAGAAGAAGACGAUCUGGUCCAAGGUCAAGUCGAUGUUAAGCAAUCUGAAGCAACAAUAUAAGCAGGAUCGCAUAAUCCAAGAGAGAGAGAGUAAAGAAUGGCAUAAAGCGAAUUUAAGGAAGAAUGCGAUCUUCACUGCAAGAGACGAAGAAGGGAACCUAGUUCAAGUACCGGCGCCUCCACAGCCUCAUUUAGAAUAG